CACGUCUCUUUCAGUAACACGCACAGCUCGAUCUAGCUCUUAAGAUUUCUGAGAGCUAGGAGAGCUUAUACUGAAACUUGGCGAUGGCGACCUCAGCAUGCCAGGCCUUGCUGCUCAUGGCGUUGGCUGCUGCUGUGCUGAGCACGGCGUCUGGGACAUUGAAGUACGACUUCUACAGCUUGUCGUGCCCCAAAGCCGAGGAGGCGGUCCGCAACGCCACCAUGAAGAUCAUCUCAGAUAAACCUUCCAUGGGCGCCGCCUUUGUGCGCCUCUACUUCCAUGACUGCUUUGUCAAGGGUUGCGACGCUUCCAUUCUGCUGAACCAGUCGAACAGCAACCCGCAGCCGGAGAAGCUGGGCAUCCCGCUCCGCGGCUACGACGAAGUGAACACGAUCAAGGCGGCCGUGGAGGCCGUCUGCCCCGGCGUGGUCUCCUGCGCCGACAUCCUCGCCUUCGCGGCGCGAGACUCCGCCAUGGUCUCCGGCGGCUUCACCUUCCCCAUGCCGGGCGGCCGCCGCGACGGGCUCACCUCCGACCUGAGCGACAUUCCGGCGAGCCUCCCUGGUCCUAACAUGCAGGUCCAGGACCUCAUCAAGAGCUUCGGCGCCAAGGGCCUGAGCGCCGUCGACCUGGUGGCGCUCUCCGGCGCGCACUCCUUCGGCGAGACCCACUGCUCCUUCGUCACGCCCCGGCUGUACCCGACCCUGGACAAGACCAUGGACAGGGCCUUCGGCGUGGCGCUGCAGACGGUUUGCCCGCGGCGCGGCGGCGGCGGCACGCCGCUGGACAACAACCGCGUGACGGACCCGAACGUUCUGAGCAACCAGUACUACAAGAACGUGAUCGCCGGGCAGGUGAUGUUCACGUCGGACCAGACGCUGAGGAGCGACGCGUCCACGGCCAAGAUGGUGCAGGACAACGCCGACAACCCUGUCGCGUGGAUGGCGCGGUUCGCGGCGGCGAUGGUGAAUAUGGGCGGCAUCGAGGUGCUCACCGGGACCCAGGGCGAGAUCAGGAAGGUGUGCGGCGCCACCAACAGCGGGAGCUAGACGACGACCGAGCUGCUUAGCAUUGCAAGCGUUGAUGCAAGUCAAUCGCAACGCAACAUGGGUUCCUUUGUUGCUGCAUUAUCUUUUUGCACCUCAUUUAUUUGUUGCACUGGACCUGUUGUGACUUAAUAGGUGUCAAAUUAGUUAACUUAUGCUUUGUAAUUCCAUUACCUUCAGAGUUGUUUGUACGUUUAUUUUCUUAUGGUGGGACAAUAUACAAAUGCAUGGUG